UCGCAUGUGAUCUCGCGUGCCAUCGGGAGGCUAGUGAGACCAGCUAUGGCGGAGAGGUAGGGAAGACAUCCACCUGACCAGGGCAGUUUCACCACCGGGCACCAGCGCCUCACCGACACCGCCAGCCGCCUCCAGCUCGAGCGGGGAUCGCUUCCUUCAGCGCGAAGGCCGUUCUGCCCCGUCGUCCUUUGUCGCGCGCACCGCGAGUCGCAGGAACGCGCGAAAACAUGCCGAACAUCAAGAUCUUCAGCGGGAGCUCCCACCAGGACCUGUCGCAGCGCAUCGCCGACCGCCUGGGGCUGGAGCUGGGCAAGGUCGUCACCAAGAAGUUCAGCAACCAGGAAACAUGUGUGGAGAUUGGAGAGAGCGUCCGCGGCGAGGAUGUGUACAUCGUCCAGAGUGGCUGCGGAGAGAUCAAUGACAACUUGAUGGAGCUCCUGAUCAUGAUUAACGCCUGCAAGAUCGCGUCUGCCUCCCGCGUAACUGCCGUCAUCCCCUGUUUUCCCUACGCCCGCCAGGACAAAAAGGACAAGAGCCGGGCGCCCAUCUCUGCCAAGCUGGUGGCCAACAUGCUCUCAGUCUCAGGUGCAGAUCAUAUCAUAACCAUGGACCUACAUGCCUCUCAGAUUCAGGGUUUCUUUGACAUUCCUGUGGACAACCUGUAUGCAGAGCCUGCAGUGCUAAAGUGGAUUAAGGAGAACAUCCCUGAGUGGAAGAACUGCACCAUUGUCUCACCUGACGCUGGAGGAGCCAAGAGGGUCACGUCCAUAGCGGACAGGCUCAAUGUUGACUUUGCCCUCAUUCACAAAGAGAGAAAAAAGGCUAAUGAGGUGGAUCGCAUGGUCCUGGUGGGGGAUGUGAAAGACCGCGUGGCCAUCCUGGUUGAUGACAUGGCUGACACAUGUGGCACCAUCUGCCACGCGGCUGACCGGCUGAUAUCAGCAGGCGCCACCAAGGUUUACGCCAUCCUUACCCACGGCAUCUUCUCUGGUCCUGCCAUAUCGCGGAUCAAUAAUGCUUGCUUUGAAGCUGUAGUUGUGACUAACACCAUUCCACAAGAGGAGAAGAUGAAGCAUUGUCCUAAAAUACAGGUCAUUGAUAUUUCCAUGAUCCUAGCUGAGGCUAUUCGCAGGACCCACAACGGCGAGUCGGUCUCCUAUCUCUUCAGCCACGUUCCUUUGUAACCUUGCCUUCUUGGUGCUUCGUCUAUUUGCUGUGUUACCAAAAAAUGGGAGCCUGACCCCAAAAUCCUCAGCAGCAGUAUCCGGCUGAGACCUCACUUCAUCCUGCCCCAAAGGGAAUCCACCUCCAGCGAAGUCGCACCGCCCCACCCAUCCCCUCCCUCCUCCCUCCGUUCGUCUGUAGUUCAGGAUUUUAGCAGGACUUAAAUUCUCUCCGUUGAGGCGGAGACUCUGGACCGAGUUCCGGGUCCCGCAGCCCUUUUUGUUACAGAGUACUGAACGCAGCUAGAAGCGAUGACCUGUUACAGCUUAAUUUAUUGGGGCUUAAUUUGAAUCAGUGACCGAAAACGAGGCCUGUAGGUGGCGCUGAUGCCGGCAGCCUGUUUGAGGAAUGUGUGAACCUGUGAGUGAGGUUUGUUUUUUUGAUUUUCAUUGGCGUAUAUUUUAGUAAAUGCUGAGGAUUGUAGCUUGGGGUCUCUGCAGGCUGGAGCUUCCUUGACCGAGUCUGUUUGCUGUUUUCAUUUCUUUUUUUUCUGUUUUCUUUCCUUUUUAAAGAAAUUUGUAUGACUUUUCUGAAAUAAUUAAGUCACACUUUUUUCUUAGGAUACAUCUUUUAUAUGUUUUCUUUCGGUUGGAGAAUCCAUUUCAUAUUAAAUGUGUUCUUAUUAAAGAGUUGUGACAGAGCGAGGAA